AUGGGUGUCUCUGUCAUAAUAUUAAGUCCUAAUCUGACAUUAUCACAGACUUAUACUGGAAAUGCUCUUAUCGCCAUAAAUCCAUUCCAAAGUCUUCCUGACCUUUAUGAUACUCAUGUAAUGGAACAAUACAAGGGAAUGCCACUUGGAGAGCUGAGUCCUCAUAUUUUUGCAAUUGCUGAUAUUGCCUAUAGGCAAAUGGUAAAUGAAGGCAAAAGCAACUCCAUUUUGGUUAGUGGUGAAAGUGGUGCUGGUAAGACAGAAACUACCAAGAUGCUUAUGCGUUACAUGGCUUAUGUGGGUGGGCAUAAAGGCACUGAAGGAAGGACAGUUGAGCAACAAGUUCUAGAAUCAAAUCCAGUUCUUGAAGCAUUCGGCAAUGCAAAAACUGUUAGAAAUAACAACUCCAGCCAAUACAUCCUUUUAUUUUUCAAACUUCUCAAAUCACAUCAGGAAAUUGAGAAAUAUAAGCUGGAAAAUGCCAGCAUGUUUCACUAUCUGAAUCAAUCACAUUGCUAUGAACUUGAUGGUGUAAGUGAUGCUGAUGAUUAUCUAGCUACUAGGAGGGCAAUGGAUGUCGUUGGAAUAAGUCAUCAAGAGCAGGAUGCAAUUUUCAGAGUCGUGGCAGCAGUUCUUCACCUGGGAAAUGUUGAAUUUGCUAAGGGAGAAGAGAUUGAUUCAUCUGUGCUGAAAGAUGAGAGAUCUAAAUUUCAUCUUCAAACAACAUCAGAACUUCUCAUGUGUGAUCCUGUUGCAUUGGAAGAUGCACUCUUAAAACGUGUAAUGAUUACCCCAGAAGAAGUUAUUAAAAGAAGUCUUGAUCCUGUUGCUGCAGCAGUUAGUAGGGAUGGUUUGGCAAAGACCAUAUAUUCCCGCUUGUUUGACUGGUUGGUUGACAAAAUUAAUGUUUCAAUUGGACAAGAUCCUAAUUCAAAGACUUUGAUUGGGCUCCUUGACAUCUAUGGUUUUGAGAGCUUCAUAACUAACAGUUUUGAGCAAUUUUGUAUUAAUUUCACAAAUGAGAAGUUGCAGCAACAAUUCAACCAGCAUGUCUUCAAAAUGGAGCAAGAGGAGUACAUGAAAGAAGAGAUUGAUUGGAGCUACAUAGAAUUUGUUGAUAAUCAAGAUGUCCUAGAUCUCAUUGAAAAGGAAAUCAUCACAGCUAUGAGGGAACUAUUUUCUGCCAAACUAAACCUGGAGGGAUUAUUGCUUUGCUUGAUGAAGCCUGGUGAGGAAACAUGCCUUUGUAGUGGAAUUGCCUCUUGGGAUCUUUAUGAUGUGUUGGCCAAUAGAACUAGGAAAACUGAUUCCUACUUCUGGUGCACAAAGAGGCAUCUAGAAAAGCUCUACCAGACAUUCAAGUCUCACAAGCGCUUCAUCAAGCCAAAACUAUCUCGUACAGAUUUCACCAUUGCUCAUUAUGCUGGGGAGGUUCAAUAUCAAUCUGAACAGUUUCUAGACAAAAACAAAGGCUAUGUUGUUGCUGAACAUCAAGAUUUGUUGAGUGCUUCCAAAUGUUCUUUUGUAUCAGGCCUAUUUCCUCCAGUUUUAGAGGAAUCAAUCAAAUCGUCUUCCAAAUCAUCUAAGUUUGCAUCUAUUGGUUCUCAUUUUAAGCUACAACUUCAACAAUUAAUGGAUACACUAAAUUCUACAGAGCCCCACUACAUUAGAUGUGUGAAGCCUAACAAUUUUCUUAAACCUGCUAUUUUUGAGAAUGGUAACAUCAUACAACAACUAAGAUGUGGGGGUGUUCUGGAGGCAAUUAGAAUAAGUUGUUCUGGUUACCCCACUCACAAGACAUUUUCUGAAUUUAUAAAUCGAUUUGGCCUUCUUGCACCAGAGGUUUUGGCAGGGAAUUUUGAUGAAAUAGAUGUAUGCCGAAAGCUUUUGGAAAAGAUGGGUCUUACAGGUUUCCAGAUGGGGAAAACCAAGGUGUUCUUAAGAGCUGGGCAAAUGGCUGAGCUAGAUACAAAGAGAUCAGAAAAACUUAACAAUGCAGCCAAUGUUAUUCAAAGGGAGAGUAGAACCUAUAUUACUCGCCAAAAGUAUAUUGCUUUACAGAAGGCUACUAUAUGCAUACAAUCUAUACUGAGAGGAAACCUUGGGCGCCAAGUGUAUAUCAACAGAAAAAUGGAGGCAGCUGCUCUUAGGAUUCAAGCAAACUUGCGAAGGUUCUUUGUCAGAAUGCGUCAUAACAAACUCAAGUUCUCGGCAGUAGUCUUGCAGAAAGUUUUCCGAAAUAAAAGGCACACGAAAGCAUCAAUAUAUAUUCAGGCCCAUUGGCGGGGACAUAAAGCUUAUUCAUACCAUAAGAAACUCAAGGGAGCUGCAAUUAUUGCACAAUGUGGAUGGAGGGCAAAAAUUGCCAGAAUAGAGCUCCAUAGACUAAAGAUGGCUGCGAGAGAAACAGGUGCCCUAAAAGCAGCAAAGGAUAGACUUGAGAAACGGGUUGAAGAACUCACACUUUGUUUGCAGUUGGAAAAACGUUUAAGGGUUGAUUUGGAAGAGGAAAAAGGACAGGAGAUAGCAAAAUUACAAGAUUCCUUGCAAGCUCUCCAAAGCCAAGUUGGUGAAACAAAUCCAUUGGUUCUUGAGGAAUGCGAGGUUGCACAGAGGGAAAUGGGAGGGGCUUUAUCUGUUGUCAAAGCAAGUCCAGUGCUUAUUGAAGAUACUGGAAAGAUUGAGACUCUAACUGAGGAAGUAGAAAACUUGAAGGCUCUAUUGCACUUAGAGAAAAAACGAGCCGAUGAAUCUGAAAGGAAAUUGGUAGAAGCCCUGGAGACAAGUGAAGAAAGGCGUAAGAGGUUAGAAGAAACUGAAAGAAGAGUUCUUCAGCUUCAGGAAUCUUUGAAC